AUGUAUUUACAAAUGAUUUCUUUGUUGACCGUUUUAAUGUCUGAUCCCAAAAAGGAUUUAACAAUAAAAAAACCUGCCGAUAUUUUACCGAAAAUUAGUAAUUUAACUGCUCAAGAUUGUGUCGAUUCCCGUUUACGACCCGGAAAGUGCAUAACUUUAACCAAAUGUCCCGAUAUGGUUGAGGAAUUUUACGAUGAGGCUCGUAAGACUUCGUAUGGCAUUGAUUUUCAAACCUUCAUUAGUAAUUCUAUAUGUGGUUUUGAUGGUGUGAAUUUUUUGAGGAUCUGCUGUGGAACACGCACUUUAUAUCCAAUAACUAUGACUAAACCACCUGUUCAAAUACAAAAUACUCCUACAAUAUUUGCGCCCACUAGAAAACCCUUUGAACAAUUACACCAAACGACACAGUUUCUGUUUGCACCACUCGGAAGUUAUGUGCCACCAGCCACUACUGCCAGCAGUACUAAGAAUCCAUCUUCUGAUAUGAAUAACACUCCUACGUCCAACCCAAUGCCACCAACUUCUGCGAGUACUAGCAGUUCAACACCCGAUAAGGGUGUGAUCAUUUUACAACCUACUAUGGUGACACCAUCUGAUGGGGAUAUCCAAGUUAUGCAACCGAUACCCGGGCAAACAUCAACACAGGAUACUCUAAUAUCACAGCCAGUACAGCAACCAGUUACAAUGCCAUCGACACCUCUUACUUGUGGUGUAAGCAGGGGCACUACUAAUCGCGUUGUUGGGGGCUAUGAGGCCAAAAAAGGCAAUUAUCCCUGGAUGGCGGCUUUGGGCUAUCGCGAUGAAUACGAUCCCAGUUCUAUGAAAUUUUUAUGUGCCGGCAGCUUAAUCUCCUCUAGAUAUGUUAUAACAUCGGCUCAUUGCAUUAAUUCAUAUUUAAUGCUAGUGCGUUUGGGAGCCCAUGAUCUUACGAAACCUAAUGAAUCCGAAGCACGAAAUUAUCGCAUAAAACGUACCGUUACACAUGAAAAGUUUAAUUUGAAAACUAUAACAAAUGAUUUGGCUUUAAUUGAAUUAAGUGAGAUCGUACAAAUAACAAAUUUCAUAGACACCAUAUGUCUGCCAGAAGCUCCACAAUUUCUCUCACAAGAUUUUGUGGGCAUGAAUCCUUUUGUGGCCGGUUGGGGUGCUAACAAACAUCAAGGCCCCACCUCGAAUGUUUUAAGAGAUGUACAAGUGCCCAUUAUAAAUCGCCAAGUGUGUGAACAAAGUUAUCGCACGGUCUUUAAUUUUGUGCAAUUCAGUGAUCAACUAAUUUGUGCUGGAAAUUCCAAUGUAGAUGCUUGCCAAGGGGACUCGGGUGGUCCGCUUAUGUUGCCUCAGAUGUCGGGUCAGUCAUAUCAUUAUUAUUUACUUGGCGUUGUUUCAUUUGGUUAUGAAUGUGCUCGUACCGGUUUCCCGGGUGUUUAUACCAAAGUUGCUGCCUAUUUACCUUGGAUUAAGAGUAAUAUGAUUUGA